AUAAGUCUGAGCUGAACACACGGGAGGGACGCGCGCCAGAGAAGUUAGCAGUCUGAUACACACGAGAGAACUGCGUUUGGUUUUAAGUUGAUUCAGGAGAGAAAACACGUUAAAGCUUUCCCUCCUCCUCUCUAAGGAUUAUAAAAAGAAAAGCGGGACCGAGGAAGAUAUAACAUGACUUCAGCAAAGGAGCACUAAAGUGCGGGGAUGUUGUGAAAAAUGAUUUAGAGCAGCGUGUAUACUUUAAGGAAUGAGUUCAGAGUGCACCGGUAUGGCUUGAUUUGUGAGCCCGAAGGCAGCUGCGGGAGGCACUGAUGUUUCUGUGGAAGAGAAGGAAAGUUUGCUGCGCUUCUCUCGGAUCUACUUUGUGAAAUUCAAAGCUUACUAGUCUCAUAUCUGAGCGGCAGAGUCCGGGAGCGGGGUGGGGGGCCGCUUCGGUUCGGUGCCGGCUCUGAACAUACAUCACCAUGACCAAUCCCGCGCUGAAGAAGAACCACUGGACCUCCAGGGUGAACGAGUGCUCCGUGGGGAAGGACACCCGCGGAGACCUGAACGUGUCUCUGCGCGGCGGCGCGGAGAACGGGGAGUUCGCCUACAUUGGGCAAAUUAACGAGAACCUGGUGUUUUACAGAGAUGGAAAAUUAAACGAGGGCGAGCUGCUGCUGGAGGUGGAGAACCUCUCCAUUUCGGGAUUACCUUUGUACGACGUGCAGACACUGAUAAAGAACUGCAAAAGUCCCGUGAAGUUGAAAACUGUGAGGCCAGGAACGAAGUUGAAUAAGGACCUGAAGCAUUAUCUAAGCCAGCGCUUCCAGAAGUCAUCACCUGACCACGAACUGCAGCAAACCAUCCGAGAAAACCUGUACCGUCACGCAGUGCCUUGUACAACGCGCUCCCCACGUGACGGAGAAGUUCCUGGUGUGGAUUACAACUUCCUGUCUGUAGAGGACUUCCUGGUGUUGGAGAAGAGUGGAACCCUCCUGGAAAUCGGAACAUAUGAAGGCAACUAUUAUGGGACGCCCAAGCCACCGGUGCAGCCUCCCAGUGGGAAAGUGAUCAGCGGCAGUAGCGGUGGUGAUGCCCCACUGUCAGACGGGCUCAGCGGUAGCCUGCCGGGCUCGCAGAACUCCACUCCCCGACGAGCCAAGUCCUACAAUGACAUGCGAAAUGCUGGAAUAGGGCUUGCAGAUCAGCAACUGGAGGACGACGAGGACCUCCCUGACAUGAACAGCAGCUUUACAGGAGAAUCCAGUGAAUUGGACGAAAUUCCUCACUCGGCGCGCCCUUACGUCCCUCGCCAUAGCGACCCGUCCUACGCUGGGACAGCCCCCUCACCAUUGGCCACCACGGAGAGUACACAGCAGACAAACCUUCACCUGAGCCAUCCUCCCCCGGAGGAUCCGCUGGGACCUCUGCCUGACAACUGGGAGAUGGCCUACACCGAGACCGGAGAGGUCUACUUUAUAGACCACAAUACAAAGACCACCUCUUGGCUAGACCCUCGGUGCCUGGACAAACCUCAGAAACCCCUGGAAGAAUGUGAAGAUGAUGAAGGGGUCCAUACAGAAGAGCUGGAUGAUCUAGAACUUCCUCAUGGAUGGGAGAAAAUCGACGAUCCAGUCUACGGGGUCUACUAUGUUGAUCACAUCAACAGGAAGACCCAGUACGAAAACCCGCUGCUGGAGGCUAAGAGGCGCAGGCAGCUGGAACAGCAGCCCAGCCAGCAGCCUCAGCCCCAGAGCCAGCAGCCACCUGAAGGUGAGCGCUACAUCCGAGAAUGGAUUGAGGACUCGGCAUUGGCAGGCGCUCCCCUGGCCACCUAUGCCGCCAACCACGAGACAUACAGGGACCCUCAGACGGGUCCACCCGUGCCCAACGCCAUGGGACAAAAGCGUGGGAAGCCUUUCUUUACUAGGAACCGUUCAGAACUGAACGGGACCUUCAUCAAUACCAAACUGAAGAAGAGCCGUCGAGGGUUUGGGUUCACCGUUGUUGGAGGCGACGAGCCGGAUGAGUUCUUGCAGAUAAAGAGUUUGGUUCUGGAUGGACCUGCGGCCCUUGAUGGGAAGAUGGAGACAGGGGAUGUGAUUGUGAGUGUAAAUGACACCUGCGUGCUGGGCUACACGCACGCCCAAGUUGUGAAGAUCUUUCAGUCCAUCCCAAUCGGCUCCAUGGUCAACUUGGAGCUGUGUCGUGGCUACCCACUGCCUUUCGACCCCGAUGAUCCAAACACCAGCUUGGUAACCUCGGUGGCCAUCCUUGAUAACAAAGACCCCAUCAUCGUCAACGGCCAGGAGGUCACAAGCAGCUACGACUCUCCGUCCAGCCAAGGCAGUCAGAGCACCAACGGCCCAACCAACGGCGGACCGCCUCUCAAUGGCUUCCCCCGACCUCACAGCCCCUCCACCGAGGUAGCGUCCGAUACCUCCUCCCAGCUCGGCUACUCUAGCGACGUGGUAACCCUGGCUUCGUCCAUCGCAACGCAACCAGAACUCAUCACUGUGCACAUGGAGAAAGGAGACAAGGGCUUUGGCUUCACUAUCGCGGACAGCCUUGGCGGUGGAGGGCAGAGGGUGAAGCAGAUCGUGGACUACCCUCGCUGCCGUGGCCUUAGGGAGGGGGACAUCAUCGUCGAGGUGAACAAGAGGAAUGUGCAGAGCAUGUCUCACAACCAGGUGGUGGACAUGCUCAGCAAGUUACCGAAAGGCAGCGAGGUCACCAUGCUGGUGCAGAGAGGAGUGGCACCUGCGAAGAAGAGCCCCAAACUGGAUUAUUAUGACCUGUCUCCUCCGUACAGAGAUUACGCUAGGAUGCAAUUGUCAAGGAAGGACAGUCAGAGCAGUUCCCAGCAUAGUGUUUCCAGCCACCGGAGCACCCACACGGACUCGCCCGUGCACUCGUCUCUGGCAGCCCCCCUCAGCGAGAGCAGCACACCCCCGGCCCCCUCGCAGCCCUUGCCUGGCCUGCCUUCCCAGGACUCCCAAGGAGACGGGACCACCCACAGAAAACCCGACCCCUUUAAGAUCUGGGCCCAGUCCAGGAGCAUGUAUGAAAGUAGGCUUCCAGACUUCCAGGAGCAGGACAUUUUCCUGUGGAGAAAGGACACGGGCUUCGGCUUCAGGAUCCUCGGAGGCAACGAGCCAGGAGAACCUAUCUACAUCGGCCACAUAGUGAAGUACGGCGCUGCGGAUGAGGACGGGCGCCUCCGAUCCGGAGAUGAACUGAUAUGUGUGGACGGCACAGCGGUGGUGGGCAAGUCACAUCAAUUGGUGGUGCAGCUGAUGCAGCAGGCUGCCAAGCAGGGCCACGUUAAUCUCACUGUGCGACGCAAAACCAACUACGCAGUUAAAUCAGAGGGAGAUGUCCCUCCGUCGCCAGCGUCCUCACACCACAGCAGCACCCAGGCGCCCAGCCUGACAGAGGAUAUGGGCAAGCGCACGCCGCAGGGCAGCCAGAACUCCCUCAACACCGUCAGCUCCGGCAGCGGCUCCACCUCUGGCAUCGGCAGUGGAGGAGGAGGAGGAGGAGGAGGAGGAGGAGGAGGCGGCGCCGGGAUCGGUGGGAACGCUGUGGUCGCGGCUGCAGCUGCGACCACGUCCUCUCAGCCCCCAAACGGCACCACAAACUCGGCCCCCGUCGUCGCCGCCUCCGCCGUGCAGCCCUACGACGUGGAGAUCCGACGGGGCGAGAACGAAGGCUUCGGUUUCGUCAUCGUGUCGUCGGUGUCGCGGCCUGAAGCGGGCACCACCUUCGCUGGAAAUGCAUGUGUGGCCAUGCCUCACAAAAUAGGCCGCAUCAUCGAGGGGAGCCCGGCGGACCGCUGUGGGAAGCUGAAGGUCGGCGACCGCAUCCUGGCCGUGAACGGGAACUCCAUCACCAACAAGUCCCACUCUGACAUCGUCAACCUCAUCAAGGAGGCCGGGAACACCGUCACACUGCGAAUCAUUCCCGGAGACGAGUCAUCAAAUGCGUCUUUGUUGACGAACGCUGAGAAGAUUGCCACCAUAACCACCACUCACACACCUCAGCAGCAGGCGGCACCUGAGGCCAGGACCAACACCAAACCAAAACAGGAAUCUUAUGAGUUUAACACCCCUCCAAACCCUCCCCUGCAGCCCCCCAUCCAGCCAGACUCAACUCAGGACUCUGAGUUCUACUCGGUGGACCUGGAUAGAGACAGCAAAGGCUUCGGCUUCAGCCUGCGGGGAGGAAGAGAGUACAACAUGGACCUGUACGUGCUGAGGCUCGCCGAGGAAGGAGCCGCAGUCCGCAACGGGAAAAUGAAGGUCGGAGAUGAAAUCCUGGAGAUCAACGGCGAGAGCACCAAAGGCAUGAAGCACGCGCGGGCCAUCGAGCUCAUCAAGAACGGAGGCCGACGCGUCCAUCUGGUGCUCAAGAGGGGCGACGGCUCCGUGCCUGAAUAUGGGAUGGCCGCUCCCCAUCUCACCGCAAGUGUGAGAAAUGACAAGAUGGGGGAGGCCUCUGUCCUCCAAAAUCAGACCACGACGGCAGCCCCAACGACAUCAGCACCGUCGACGCAGUCACAGGGAUACAAAACGCUCCGGAAGUGAGUUCCCUGCCCCUAACUAAUGCACCAUCAGAGUCCAGCUUCCCACCAGUAAUCCCACCACAUUCCCGGAGCAAGACAGAGCCGAGCCACCGCACCAAUGGCACUGGCAACCAUGGCACUGGCAACCAUGGCACUGGCAACCAUGGCACUAGCAACCAUGGCACUGGCAGGCACCAUCGUUCUCAUCACCGUCACCACUCUCCCAACAAAUCCAAGGUGAAGAAGUCCACAGGGAGGAAUGGGCCUAAGCUGUUAAAGAAGAAGGACAACAAGGAAAAAGAUGGCCAUCGGCACCGAAGCCGCCACCGCUCACCUCAUAAGGGGCACAGCCGCUCACGCAGUGCAGACAACACCCUGGAAAGCCGCGAUAGAGGCCACCGCAGAGGCCGCUCUCCGGAACGCCGUCACGGUCAACAUUCUUCAUCAAACCACCGCCACCACUCUCCUCGACGCGCCCCCUACCGCUCGCCGAACCGCUCGCCAAACCGCUCUCAUCACCGCUCUCACCACCGCUCUCCACGACGCUCACCUUACCGCCACAGGUCCCCACCCAGGUACCGAUCGCCAACCAGACAUCGCCAGCGCUCCUCAGACCCCUACCGCUAUGACACCCCUGAGAGGCACAACGAGAAGCCGAUGGCAGAUGAAGCCGCAAUGUCCGAUAUUCCUGAACCAAGUUUCUCUUUUGAAGACUCGCCAGCUCUGGACCGCCUGAACAGAGAGCCCGCUCUUUCACUCCCACCACUUCGGAGAGAAGAUCGUCUCUACAGGCAGGAUAGCCCUCUGAUGAGAACCUCCUCCAUGGAGAGGGCCUACAGGGGAGACAGACUGCUGAAGGACUUUGCGUCCCGUGACUACAGAGAAAUCACCCUGCCCAGAAUCCGAACCCCCGACUUGGAUUCAUCCUACCAAAAGUACUCUCCCCUGUUGAGAGGGCGUACACCUGAGAUGCUGGAGAGGGAUGGGCGCUUUGCCAGUAGAGGCGUCACCCCUGAACCGCGGUACAGAGCUCGCAGCCUGGAACGUGCCAUCUCCCCGCCCAGGAGGGACGACUCUGAAGAUGAAGAAGAUGACGACAAUUUUGUUGCCUCUAAGUUGAGAGAUUACUACAGCAAGCCGAAGACCAACAGCAGUCACCCAGCCAAGCCCGUGAUCCCUGAGCCUAAGAAGACCUACAAGGAUAAUCCCAAAGACCUGAGCAUCUGAUUGGUCAGCUGUCAGCCAAUUAUAGAUACCACCCACACAACACCUCAAGUACUCGCCUCCAUUAAUGGUUCUACAGAAAUGCACCAACUUGUGUUCACGUGCUCACAUAUAAAAAACCUUCACACACGCACACACACACACGUUAACUACAUAUGCAUUCACACACAAAUUAUGUAACGGUGUUGAGUUACUAACAAUGACUUUUGAAAGCUGUUUUUUUCUUUCUUUUUUUUUUACUGUAUGUUUUUCUUUCCCUUUUUUCUUUUUGUUGAAGCAUUCUACAUUUACAAAACUUUUUCCAGAAAAUAUAAAAUCUGAAAAAAAAACAAAAAAAAAACAAAAAACAAUGAUGUGCCUAAGAGUUCCAUUAACGAGCAGCAUUUUGUUUUUGAUCCGAUAUGUGGCGGGCAUUUUGGUGGCCCACUGUCAGACGAUGAAAUGUACGUACUUUUCCAUGAGGAUCCCAUGGAAGCGCCUGGACCGCCGCUGCCGGUGCUCCUAACGAUGCUGUGCAUGUCUUUACCGGUUUCAGUGUCUCCUUUUUUUCUCUCUUUCUCUACGUCUCUCCUGCCUUCGCUCUCUCUCUCUUUCACUUUCUCUCUCUGUCUCUGUCUCUCCUUCCAGUGCCACUGUUUUUUAAAACAUUUGACCAGACUAUAGCACAAGCCUGCAUUUGUUUGUAUAUUUUUGACAGUUUGCAGUAUGUGUACAUUCAGAGGUGAUCAUUUUAAAUGAACGAAGGGAAAAUUAAAAGCUAAACUAUGACGACGAUGAUGUUAAAAUAAAAUAAUAUAUUCAACGAAUAAA